AUGAAAGGCAUCUUGUUUCAUAUUCUCACUACAAGUAGUGCCCGAUACUCCCCGCCUUCUAUAGAUGAGAUGACAGGUAUUGACAGGAUCACCUUGUUUGUGAAGGUGCAUCUAGCCAGGAUCAUGAAGUCCCAGGUCAUGUACCACGCAAUCACUAUGAACACAGGUAUGAACACAACUAUAAAGGCACAAUUCCACUUAAAGAUCAAGAAUACGAUUGAGAAAGAGGCAAUACCAGGCCGAUAA